AUGGACCAUGGACAAUGGCUAAUUUCCAAACAAUUCCCAAAGAUGAAAGGCUUUCAUUCUGUACUUGCAUUCGAAGGCAAAACCCCCAAAGUAGAGAAAGGGCUGAAAGACUUUGUCCAAAUAGUAAAUAUUGGAGGAAACCACUGGGUUACUGUGACAAACAUUGGAUGUGAAGAAAACAGAAUCAAAGUGUACGACACACUUUAUCGAUCAAUGUCAAACACUGACAAAAUUAAACUGGCAGCACUGCUUAACACCAGCUUGGAAAGUAUGGUAAUUGAGUGGCCAUCACUCCAAAUUCAAGAAGGCGAUUCAGAUUGUGGUCUUUUUGCUAUGGCAAUUGCACUUGCUCUUUGUAAUGGGCAAGAUCCAUGUCAACAAGCCUAUGAUCAGAGUGCAAUGAGAGUACAUUUAGCUACAUGCUUCCAUUGUGAAGAGAUUGCUGUAUUUCCACUGUCAAAAGUAAAAUGUAAAAGAAGCAAGAGCGUUGAAGUGACAGAAGAGCUAUUCUGCCAUUGUAGGAUGCCUUACAAAGAAGGUGACUUCAUGAUUGAGUGCUCAAACUGCUUGCAGUGGUUCCACAGAUCAUGUGACAAAGUUCCAAGGACUGUUGGCGAACAAACAAAUUUCCAUUGCAUAAACUGCAAAUAAUUCAACAAGAUAUAGGAAUGAAAAGUAGUUUUGUAAAUAGUUUUUAUAUAGUAAGAAAGUUCACGAAAGUUAUUUCUUUAAUUGUGUUUUUUAUUUUUUGGAAAACUUUCAUAUUUUUGUAUUGUUAAAUUUGAAAUUAUCACUGAUUAUCAUACAAUCUAUUGUGUACGAAGUCAUUCCCAAUAUCCCAUAUUACUGGCAGAAGCAAUUAUUUUUGUUAAUAAUUAUUUUGUUAAAUUAAGGAAUAUUUUUGUAUAUCAGGAGAUACCCCAGACUGGGGAGCAUUCAGACCAAUCUCGAUACUCCCCAGUCUGAGUUAUCUCCCUUAAAAAAUUAUAACAAGAGAUACCCCAGACUGGGGAGCAUUCAGACCAAUCUCGAUACUCCCCAGUCUGAGUUAUCUCUUUUAAAAAGUUAUAUCAGGAGAUACCCCAGACUGGGGAGCAUUCAGACCAGUCUCGAUACUCCCCAGUCUGAGUUAUCUCUCUUAAAAAGUUAUAACAAGAGAUACCCCAGACUGGGGAGCAUUCAGACCAGUCUCUAUACUCCCCAGUCUGAGUUAUCUCUCUUAAAAAGUUAUAUCAGGAGAUACCCCAGACUGGGGAGCAUUCAGACCAGUCUCGAUACUCCCCCGUCUGAGUUAUCUCUCUUAAAAAGUUAUAUCAGGAGAUACCCCAGACUGGGGAGCAUUCAGACCAGUCUCGAUACUCCCCCGUCUGAGUUAUCUCUCUUAAAAAGUUAUAUCAGGAGAUACCCCAGACUGGGGAGCAUUCAGACCAGUCUCGAUACUCCCCAGUCUGAGUUAUCUCUUUUAAAAAGUUAUAUCAGGAGAUACCCCAGACUGGGGAGCAUUCAGACCAGUCUCGAUACUCCCCAGUCUGAGUUAUCUCUCUUAAAAAGUUAUAACAAGAGAUACCCCAGACUGGGGAGCAUUCAAACCAGUCUUCAUACUCCCCAGUCUGAGUUAUCACUUUUAAAAAAAUUAUAACAAGAGAUACCCCAGACUGGGGAGCAUUCAGACCAAUCUCGAUACUCCCCAGUCUGAGUUAUCUCCCUUAAAAAAUUAUAACAAGAGAUACCCCAGACUGGGGAGCAUUCGGACCAAUCUCUAUACUCCCCAGUCUGAGUUAUCUCUCUUAAAAAGUUAUAACAAGAGAUACCCCAGACUGGGGAGCAUUCAAACCAGUCUUCAUACUCCCCAGUCUGAGUUAUCACUUUUAAAAAAUUAUAACAAGAGAUACCCCAGACUGGGGAGCAUUCAGACCAGUCUCGAUACUCCCCAGUCUGAGUUAUCUCUCUUAAAAAGUUAUAACAAGAGAUACCCCAGACUGGGGAGCAUUCAAACCAGUCUUCAUACUUCCCAGUCUGAGUUAUCACUUUUAAAAAAUUAUAACAAGAGAUACCCCAGACUGGGGAGCAUUCAGACCAAUCUCGAUACUCCCCAGUCUGAGUUAUCUCCCUUAAAAAAUUAUAACAAGAGAUACCCCAGACUGGGGAGCAUUCGGACCAAUCUCGAUACUCCCCAGUCUGAGUUAUCUCUUUUAAAAAGUUAUAUCAGGAGAUACCCCAGACUGGGGAGCAUUCAGACCAGUCUCGAUACUCCCCAGUCUGAGUUAUCUCUCUUAAAAAGUUAUAACAAGAGAUACCCCAGACUGGGGAGCAUUCAAACCAGUCUUCAUACUCCCCAGUCUGAGUUAUCACUUUUAAAAAAAUUAUAACAAGAGAUACCCCAGACUGGGGAGCAUUCAGACCAAUCUCGAUACUCCCCAGUCUGAGUUAUCUCCCUUAAAAAAUUAUAACAAGAGAUACCCCAGACUGGGGAGCAUUCGGACCAAUCUCUAUACUCCCCAGUCUGAGUUAUCUCUCUUAAAAAGUUAUAACAAGAGAUACCCCAGACUGGGGAGCAUUCAAACCAGUCUUCAUACUCCCCAGCCUGAGUUAUCACUUUUAAAAAAUUAUAACAAGAGAUACCCCAGACUGGGGAGCAUUCAGACCAGUCUCGAUACUCCCCAGUCUGAGUUAUCUCUUUUAAAAAAUAUACAAAAGUGAUCAUAUUUAUAAAGAAAUAAUACGAUAUUUAACAGCCUUACCAUAUCUAACAAUGUGCCUUCAAGAAAGUGCUUUUAAAGUGUUUUUUUUUGUAAAUAAGCAAAGAUAAAAAGCAGAAAUAUAUGUGGGGAUAAUGGGAUAACUCAGACUGGGGGAGCGUUCAGGCCAGCUAGCUACGUGCUCAGCGGUCCGCUCUUUUCACGCAUGCGCAGAUAAUCAAAACGGAUAACUCAGACUGGGGGAGUGCUGAGACCGUGACACCGGCAGCCGGUCACGGUUUAUAAAAUACUAAAUGGCCGGCAGUCUAGUGACUAUUGUUAAAGUUUAAUUUUUAUAAGAUAAACCUAUCCCCAACCCCAAACCCUUUUCUAACCCUAACCCCUAACCCCUAACCCUAACCUUUUGAGAGUUAGAAGAGUCGGGAAAAAAAGUUUAAAAAAUUUUAAGGAAAAACAAUGCUAAGUCAGACAAAGCACAUCGCGACCCCGACUGCGCUUAACUUUCCGCACGCAGCGCCCUUGCCGUAUGAGCUAACGGCAAGCUCGGUAAAAGUUAACGCAAACAAAAGUUUUUAUAUUCAACUAUGGUCACUAGACUGCCGGCCAUUUAGUAUUUGAUAAACCGUGACCGGCUGCCGGUCAUAUAGUCACUUUGUAUUUUCUAUGCACCUACUUAAGCGAGACUCUACUUCGUGUAUUGUUAUUACAUGUCUAGUUGACAGUCUGAACUUACUGUAACAUGCAUGUUUCCCCAUUGAUGAGUGAAAUUGUCUGGCGUUAGACAA